CUGCAGCUUCUAGGACCCAGUUUCUUUUACUGAUUUAAAAACAAAACAAAAAAAAAUAAAAAAGUUGUGCCUGAAAUGAAUCUUGUUUUUUUUAUAAGUAGCCGCCUGGUUACUGUGUCCUGUGAAAUACAGACACUUGACCCUUGGUGUAGCUUCUGUUCAACUUUAUAUCACGGGAAUAGAUGGGUCUGAUUUCUUGGCCCUCUUCUUGAAUUGGCCAUAUACAGGGUCCCUGGCCAGUGGACUGAAGGCUUUGUCUAAGAAGACAAGGGUCAGCUCAGGGGAUGUGGGGGAGGGCUCUUUUAUCUUCCCCCUUGUCGUUUGAGGUUUUGAUCUCUGGGUAAAGAGGCCGUUUAUCUUUGUAAACACAAAACAUUUUUGCUUUCUCCAGUUUUCUGUUAAUGGCGAAAGAAUGGAAGCGAAUAAAGUUUUACUGAUUUUUGAGACACUAGCACCUAGCGCUUUCAUUAUUGAAACGUCCCGUGUGGGAGGGGCGGGUCUGGGUGCGGCCUGCCGCGUGACUCCUGGUUCGGAGGCCCACGUGGCCAGGGCGGGGACUCAGGCGCCUGGGGCGCCGACUGAUUACGUAGCGGGCGGGGCCGGAAGUGCCGCUCCCUGGUGGGGGCUGUUCAUGGCGGUUCCGGGGUCUCCAACAUUUUUCCUAGCUGUGGUCCUAAGUCUGUCCAAAGCAGAGGCAGUAGAGCUUGAGGUUCUUGCUGGUGUGAAAUGACUGAGUACAAACUGGUGGUGGUUGGAGCAGGUGGUGUUGGGAAAAGCGCACUGACAAUCCAGCUAAUCCAGAACCACUUUGUAGAUGAAUAUGAUCCCACCAUAGAGGAUUCUUACAGAAAACAGGUGGUAAUAGAUGGUGAAACCUGUCUGUUGGACAUACUGGAUACAGCUGGACAAGAAGAGUACAGUGCCAUGAGAGACCAAUACAUGAGGACAGGCGAAGGCUUCCUCUGUGUAUUUGCCAUCAAUAACAGCAAGUCAUUUGCGGAUAUUAACCUCUACAGGGAGCAGAUUAAGCGAGUAAAAGACUCGGAUGAUGUACCUAUGGUGCUAGUGGGAAACAAGUGUGAUUUGCCAACAAGGACAGUUGAUACAAAACAAGCCCACGAACUGGCCAAGAGUUACGGGAUUCCAUUCAUUGAAACCUCAGCCAAGACCAGACAGGGUGUUGAAGAUGCUUUUUACACACUGGUGAGAGAGAUACGCCAGUACCGAAUGAAAAAACUCAACAGCAGUGAUGAUGGGACUCAGGGUUGUAUGGGAUUGCCCUGUGUGGUGAUGUAACAAGAUACUUUUAAAGUUCUAUCAGAAAAGAGCCACUUUCAAGCUGCACUGACGCCCUGGUCCUGACUUCCCUGGAGGAGAAGUAUUCCUGUCGCUAUCUUUAGUCUCACAGAGAAGCUCCUGCUACUUCCCCAACUCUCAGUAGUUUAGUACAAUAUUCUCUAUUUGAAAAGUUCUCAGAAUAACUACCUCCUCACUUGGCUGUCUGACCAGAGAAAUGCACCUCUUGUUACUCCCUGUUACUUUUCUGCCCUGGGUUAUUCCAUAACACAAACACACUUCUGCCACUGCAGGCAUUUCAUCUGAAAAGCAGUUCAUGUCUGAAACAGAGAACCAAACUGCAAACGUGAAAUUCUAUUGAAAACAGUGUCUUGAGCUCUAAGGUAGCAACUGCUGGUGAUUUUUUUUUUUUACUGUUGAACUUAGAACUAUGCUAAUUUUUGAAGAAAUGUCAUAAAUUACUGUUUUGCCAAGAAUAUAGUUAUUAUUGCUGUUUGUUUUUAAUGUUAUCGGCUGUAUUCUCUAAACUGGCAUCUGCUCUAGAUUCAUAAAUACAAAAAUGAAACAAUUUUGAGUCUCUCCUAGUCUUCUCAGCUUUCAUGUAAUUAAAUCCAACUUUCACAGUGAAGUGCCUUUUUAUAGAAGUGGUUUGUAGACUUCCUUUAUAAUAUUUCAGUGGAAUCGAUGUCUCAAAAAUCUUUAUGCAUGAAAAUGAAUGUCUGAGAUAUGUCUGUGACUUAUCUACCAUUGAGGGAAAGCUAUAUCUAUAUGAGAGCAGAUGCCAUUUUGUACAUGUAUAAAGUUGGUUUUCCAGAGCCCUGUUUUGGGUCUUUCCCAGGAGAAAGAUGAAACUGAAAGCGUAUGAAUAAUUUCACUUAAUUUUUACCUAAUCUCCACUGUUUUCAUAGGUUACUACCUAUAAAAUGUAUUUGUUUCCUCUAGCUUACUGAUAAGCCUAAUAUUCAAUGAAUUUCUAUUUGUAUUCAAAUUUGGGUCAUACCAGAAAGCUCUACAUUUGCAGGUGUUCAAAUAUUGUAAAACUUUGGUGCAUUGUUAUUUAAUAGCUGUGACCAGUGAUUUUCAAACCUCAAAUAUAGUGUAUUAACAAAUUACAUUUUCACUGUAUAUCAUGGUAUCUUAAUGAUGUAUAUAAUUGCCCUCAAUCCCCUUCUCACCCUACCUUCUGUACCUCCCCCCACAGCAAUAGGGGCUUGAUUAUUGCAGUUGAGUAAAGCACGGUGCUAAUGGACCAGGGUCAUAGUUUCAAAACUUGAAAACUCCAGUUAGCAUCACAGAGAAAGAAAUUCUUCUACAUUUGCUCAUUGCAGCAGUAACUCCAGCUAGUAAUUUUGCUGGAUGCCUGCAGUUAGUCCUGCAAGGAAAGAAGAGGUCAGUUAGCAUAAGCCCUUUACCGUGACUGGAAAACUUGGUAUCAUGUAUUUAAAUCUUUUUUUUUUUCUUUUAGCCAUGUAGAAACUCUAAAUUAAACCAAUAUUCUCAUUUGAGAAUGAGGAUGUCUCAGCUGAAAAAUGUUUUAAAUUUUCUUUAUUCAUAAUGUUCUUUGAAUGGUUUAAAACAAGAUGUUGAUAAAUCUGAGCUGAUGAGUUUGUUCAAAACAGGAAGCUGAAAUUGUUGAGACAGGAAUGGAAGAUAUAAUUAAUUGAUAGUUAUGAGGAUUUGGAGGUUUGCCAUUUUCAUUUGCAGAUAAUACCCUGGUAAUUCUCAUGAAAAAUAGGAUUGGAUAACUUGCGAUAAAAGACUAAUUCCAAAAUGGCCACGUUGUUCCUGUCUUCUAAUAUCUAAAUGCUUAUUGAGGUCCUCCAUCUUCUACAUUAUGAAUUUUCAUUUAUUAAGCAAAUGUCAUAUUACCUUGAAAUUCAAAAAAGAAGAAACAUAUUCUGUGCCCAGAAUAUAACUCACCUGGAGAGUUGUGCUCCUUACUGCUAAUUCUGGGAGCUUUCACAGUACUGUCAUUUGUAAACGGAAAUUCUACUUUUCUGUUUCUGCUCCUUCUGGGGCAGUGUUACUCUAAUUUUCGUAACAGUUUUUUGUUGUUGUUUUUUUUCUGUGACUGGCAGUUUGAUUUUUUUUUUCCUUAAAAACCUUUUAAAUUUGAUGUCAAAUUAGGGAGAAAGAUAGUUACUCAUCUUGGGCGCUUGUGCCAAUAAAGAGCCUUUGUAUGUAUGUACUUACAGUUUUCUCAAGUAUGUUCUAAGCACAGAAGUUUCUAAAUGGGGCCAAAAUUCAGACUUGAGUAUGUUCCUUGAAUAGUUUUUUAAGAAGUUACAAUUAGCCAGGCACGGUGGCCAGCGCCUGUAGUCCCAGCUACUUGAGAGGCUGAGGCAGGAGAAUCGCUUGAACCCGGAAGGUGGAGGUUGCAGUGAACAGAGAUCGUGCCACUGCACUCCAGCCUGGGUGACAAAGCGAGACUCGUCAAAAAAAAAAAAAAAAAAAAAGUUAGACCUAAGUGUGAAUUUUGGCACAAAGGAGUGACAAACUUAAAAGCUGAAUAACUUCAGUGUGGUGUAAAAAGUAGUUUUUAGGCCAUGUUUGUGAUUGCUGAAAAUAAUUCUAGUUUAC